UAAUUUUGGAGGAGUCCAAAAAUGUCACACACACAAAAAGUCUGGUGACGUGGCUAAUUUAACAACUAGAAAUCUCAAGGGAGUGAGUGAGGAGUGAGAUUUGAGAAGGAAGAGCGAGGUUGAAGUUUGGAUGAGGAAGUUACAAAGAAUAUCAUCAAAUCCACCAUGAAUAUGAUGAUGGGAGUUGGAUCGUUACGAUAUCCUCCUCCUGGUCUUCCUCUUGUUCCGAGUGAGAGAGUAUCCUCAUCCAAGUGGAAGGUGCAGGUGGCAUCUUCCUCUCCUCCUUCAACCACGGCCACGGUUACAGCAGAGGCUGAUGUUGUGGUGGUUGGGAGCGGGAUAGGCGGACUGUGCUGUGCAGCACUUCUGGCAAGAUACGAGCAGGAUGUGGUUGUCGUCGAAAGCCAUGACCAGCCCGGCGGGGCUGCCCAUUCUUUUGAUAUCAAAGGCUACAAGUUUGACUCCGGUCCAUCUUUAUUCUCUGGAUUGCAAUCAAGGGGUCCUCAGGCUAAUCCUCUUGCCCAGGUUCUAGAUGCAUUGGGCGAGUCUCUCCCAUGUGCCACUUAUGAUUCAUGGAUGGUCUACAUCCCCGAAGGUGAAUUCUUGUCAAGAAUAGGGCCUACGGAAUUUUUUAAGGACCUUGAGAAGUAUGCAGGUCCAAAUGCUGUUCAAGAAUGGAAGAAACUUCUGGAUGCUGUACUUCCACUUUCAACAGCAGCAAUGGCGCUUCCUCCUCUAUCUAUUCGAGGAGAUUUGGGUGUUCUUUCGACUGCAGCAGCUAGAUAUGCUCCUUCUCUCAUAAAAUCCUUUGUUCAAAUGGGACCUCAGGGUGCUCUUGGGGCCACAAAACUACUCAGACCAUUCUCGGAAGUACUUGAUGGAUUGGAACUGAAAGAUCCUUUCAUAAGGAAUUGGAUUGACCUACUGGCAUUCUUGCUUGCAGGGGUCAAAACUAAUGGUAUACUCUCUGCUGAGAUGAUUUAUAUGUUUGCAGAAUGGUACAAACCGGGAUGCUGUCUAGAAUACCCCCUUGAUGGAACUGCUGCUAUUGUUGAUGCUCUUAUACGAGGACUCGAGAAAUUUGGUGGACGGAUUUCUCUUCGGAGUCAUGUGGAAAAAAUUGUUGUUGAAAGUGGCAGAGCCGUUGGAGUCAAACUGAGAAGUGGUCAAUUUAUACGAGCUAAAAAGGCUGUUGUAAGCAAUGCAUCAAUGUGGGACACUUUGAAUUUGCUUCCUAAAGAAGUUAUUCCAAAGUCUUACUCAGAUAGGAUUAGAUCCACCCCUCAAUGUGAAUCGUUCAUGCAUCUCCAUUUGGGAUUUGAUGCUGAGGGUAUCCGCGAUGAUCUGGGGAUUCAUCACAUAGUUGUAAAUGACUGGGGAAGAGGUGUUGAUGCUGACCAGAAUGUAGUGCUGAUAUCAGUACCCAGUGUGCUUAGUCCUAAUCUGGCACCCCCUGGGAAACAUGUGUUACAUGCUUAUAUGCCAGGAACUGAACCAUUUGAGUUGUGGGAAGGACUUGAUCGUACAAGUGCUGAAUAUAGAAAGCUCAAAGCUGAGAGAUCAGAGGUAAUGUGGAAAGCUGUGGAGCGAGCGCUUGGCGAAGGCUUCAAGAGGGAGAAAUGUGAAGUGAAAUUAGUUGGAAGUCCACUGACACAUGAAAGGUUUCUUAGAAGGAACAGAGGAACAUAUGGACCAGCACUGCAAGCUGGCAAAGAAACCUUUCCUGGCCAUUCAACACCCAUCCCACACCUCUUCUGUUGCGGAGACUCCACCUUUCCUGGCAUUGGGGUCCCAGCCGUUGCUGCCAGUGGCGCAAUUGUAGCAAAUUCGCUAGUUUCAGUGUCCCAACAUUCCCAGUUGCUUGAUGCAAUAGGAAUAUGAAAACCACACAUCAUGAUAGUCUUUGUCUCUUCCUUCUUCCAUUGAGAUGUUGUAUUGUUGUAUUCUUGUAGUAAAAGCCAUUACUUAUAUUAGAAAUUUUAACUGCAGGGAGUAGAAUCUCAUCUCCUUUUACUGAUACCAAAUGCCUAACAUCAGCAUUCUUUCAA